AUGCUCAGAUACCUUGCCAGUGGAUGUUCUUUUACGGAAUUACACCAUGAAUAUCGUCUAGGAAUUUCUACUAUUUCUGGAUUUGUUACUCAAGUUUGUGAGGCUAUAUGGAAUAGAUUGAAAGAUGAAUGUAUGCCUCAACCAUCAACACAAAUGUGGCUCGAAAUUGCAAAUUUUCCUAAUUGUAUAGGCGCCGUCGACGGUAAGCAUAUCAGAGUAAUUAAGCCCACCGACACUGGUUCAUUGUAUUACAAUUACAAACAUUAUUUUUCCAUUGUAUUGAUUGGUAUUUGUGAUGCCAACUAUUCAUUUGUAUCCAUAGAUGUAAGUGCUUAUGGAAAGAGUAGUGAUUCUUCAAUUUUUAAAGAAUCUAUGUUCUAUAAAAAAAUGAUGAAUAAUUCUUUGAAUAUUCCUAAUCCAAAACCGAUUUCAACGUUAAACUCAGAACCAAUGCCAUAUGUAAUAGUAGGUGACGAAGCGUUUGGAUUAUCGGAAAAUAUAAUGCGACCAUAA